AUGGAGGGAGUCAGCAGCCACCGGACCCUGUCCUACAGCCGCUGGAGCUACGACAGUGUCUUAGAUGAUGAGGGCAGCAACCUGAGGCAGCAGAAGCUUGACCGGCAGCGGGCCCUGCUGGAGCAGAAGCAGAAGAAGAAGCGUCAGGAACCCCUGAUGGUGCAGGCCAAUGCGGAUGGGCGGCCCCGGAGCCGGCGGGCCCGGCAGUCGGAGGAGCAGGCCCCCCUGGUGGAGUCCUACCUCAGCAGCAGUGGCAGCACCAGCUACCAAGUUCAAGAGGCCGACCCAGUUACCAGUGCACAGCUGGGAGCUGCCCGCCCAACAGCACCAGCCUCAGCCAAGAGAACCAAGGCAGCCGCAGCAGCAGGAGGCCAGGGCGGGGCCUCUAGGAAGGAGAAGAAGGGGAAGCACAAAGGCACCAGCGGGCCAGCAGCACUGGCAGAAGACAAGUGUGAGGCCCGAGGCCCGGUGCAGAUCCUGACUGUGGGCCAGUCAGACCACGCCCAGGAUGCAGGGGAGACGGCAGCUGGUGGGGGCGCACAGCCCAGCGGGCAGGACCUCCGUGCCACGAUGCAGAGGAAGGGUGUCUCUAGCAGCAUGAGCUUUGAAGAAGAAGAGGAGGAUGAGGAUGAGAAUAGCUCCAGUUCUUCCCAGCUAAACAGCAACACCCGCCCCAGCUCUGCUACCAGCAGGAAGUCUGUCAGGGAGGCAGCCUCGGCCCCCAGCCCAACAGCCCCAGAACCCUCGGGGGAUGUUGAGGUCCAGGAUCUUGAGGAGUUUGCACUGAGGCCGGCCCCCCAAGGUAUCACCAUCAAGUGCCGCAUCACGCGGGACAAGAAGGGGAUGGACCGGGGGAUGUACCCCACCUACUUCCUGCACCUGGACCGCGAGGAUGGGAAGAAGGUGUUCCUCUUGGCGGGAAGGAAGAGAAAGAAGAGUAAAACUUCCAAUUACCUCAUCUCUGUGGACCCAACAGACUUGUCUCGAGGAGGGGACAGCUACAUCGGGAAACUGCGGUCUAACCUCAUGGGCACUAAGUUCACUGUUUAUGACAAUGGAGUCAACCCUCAGAAGGCAUCAUCCUCUACUUUGGAAAGUGGAGCCUUGCGUCAGGAGUUGGCAGCCGUGUGCUAUGAGACAAACGUCUUAGGUUUCAAGGGGCCACGGAAGAUGAGCGUGAUUGUCCCAGGCAUGAACAUGGUUCAUGAGAGAGUCUCCAUCCGGCCCCGAAACGAGCAUGAGACGCUGCUAGCACGCUGGCAGAAUAAGAACACGGAGAGUAUCAUUGAGCUGCAAAACAAGACGCCUGUCUGGAAUGACGACACACAGUCCUACGUACUCAACUUCCACGGGCGCGUCACACAGGCCUCUGUGAAGAACUUCCAGAUCAUCCAUGGCAAUGACCCGGACUACAUUGUGAUGCAGUUUGGCCGUGUAGCAGAGGAUGUGUUCACCAUGGAUUACAACUACCCACUGUGUGCGCUGCAGGCCUUCGCCAUCGCCCUGUCCAGCUUCGACAGCAAGCUGGCCUGCGAGUAG